CUGCAGCAGGGCACAGACGUCAUCCGACUGCAAUGGGAGGCAGAAGAGUCCGACAACUGCAGCUACUGAUCCUGCUAAGUGGAGCUCUACUAUGUGCUCGAGCUGCACCAACUGGAGAACCAGCGGAGGAAGUGACUGUCACCCAAUCACCUUCUGAGCAAAUCGAAUCGGAGUCACGAUCGCAGAAGGAUGUGGAUAUUUUGGAAGUCGACGAGGACCUGGAUGGCAGGAGUGCCUAUGUUAACAAUCAGUUUGUGCCCAGUGAGCCCGUGGAGCUGGUGGAUGAUGAACAGAAUGCGCCGCUCUACGAGAUACUUCAGAAGCAAAUGGAGCAGGUGCUGGCCUCCACGGGGCCCAACGAUCCCGUCUACGAGCACAGGGAGAAGCAGGAUAGGCGAGAUCAGCAGCCACCGAAUCGAGCACCUCCACUCUUCACCAACAACCAUCCGAACGAUGCCGAAUCGGACGAUGACUACGAAGAUGAGGAGGAUCGAGCGGACUUGGGCUACAACAGCAAUCAGGAGAAGCCAGAUGCAACUCCGCUGCUGGAAGAAGAUGAGCAGACCGAGGCGGGCUAUCAGGUGCCACAGCUGCAGCCAUCAACCACUGCUACCAGCACCACCCGCAGACCCCACAGACGCCGCAGCACCACAGCGCAUCCACGCACCACACGCGCAAGAGCCUCAGCGCAGCCCAGAGCCACACCAAAGCCUGCGAACCUGACCACAACAUCAACCACCAGCUCCACUGAGGCACCACUGCCGACCACUACGACGAGUCCAAGUCCAAGGCCGAGCCUUAGUCCCAGUCGCAGGCCACUGCCGCAUCCAUCCAACAGUCUGCCCAGCGAUCCUCAGGUCUACCAGCACAAGCGUCGCAUCAUCUUCAAGACAAUCUCAACGGGCUCGCAGUUCAUCAACUCACCAAUUGGCGACCUCAUGAUUAAGUUCUCCAUUGGCUUUGCCAAGCCAGCAAACGGCGGAGCAGCAGUCCCAUCCACCGAGGCGCUGCGUGCCCUCUCGAACAAUUUACUGCGAAGCAUCGAACUGCAGAAGCUGAAGAGAGCCAAUAAAGUGCAGAGAGAUUAAUUAAAACUGGAGCAAUAUUUAUCAGA